GUAGGAGGUGUCGGCCGGAGUUUGUGUGGCGGCGGCCGCGGGAACGUGAGCCCGCCGGUUUUUCGGCCGGGAAAGGCGGACUCGCCGCCUGGGUGGAGUGUGAGUGAGUGUCGGAUCCCGGCGUCCGAGUGAGAGCCCGCAUGGACGCGGAGCCCAGCUGGCCGCGCGACGAGGACGCGGCGGCGCCCGCGCAGAAGACGCUGCGGCCGGAGUGUGAUGAGCCGCCUUCGCCGCCGCUGAACGUCGAGAAAAAGCAACGAUGUAAACUUGAUGGCCAAGAAAUAGAUGGAUCUAAAUUCAUUACCUCCAAUGGAAGUGACUUCAGUGACCCAGUUUACAAAGAGAUUGCAAUUACAAAUGGUUGCAUUAAUAGAAUGAGUAAAGAAGAACUCAGAGCUAAACUUUCAGAAUUCAAGCUUGAAACAAGAGGAGUGAAGGAUGUCCUGAAGAAGAGACUGAAGAACUAUUAUAAGAAGCAGAAGCUGAUGUUGAAGGAAAACACUUGUGCGGACACUUACUAUGACUACAUUUGUAUUAUUGACUUUGAAGCCACUUGUGAAGAGGGUAACCCAGCUGAUUUCGUACAUGAAAUAAUUGAGUUUCCUGUUGUUUUAUUGAAUACACACACUUUAGAAAUAGAAGAUACAUUCCAGCAGUACGUGAGGCCAGAGAUUAACACACAGCUUUCUGAUUUCUGCAUUAAUCUUACUGGAAUUACUCAGGAUCAGGUAGACAGAGCUGAUACUUUCCCUCAGGUACUAAAAAAAGUAGUUGACUGGAUGAAGUUGAAGGACUUGGGAACAAAAUAUAAAUAUUGCAUAUUAACAGAUGGUUCAUGGGAUAUGAGUAAGUUCCUGAACAUUCAGUGCCAACUCAGCAGACUCAAAUAUCCUUCUUUUGCUAAAAAGUGGAUCAAUAUUCGGAAGUCAUAUGGUAACUUUUACAAGGUUCCUAGAUGCCAAACCAAAUUGACAAUAAUGCUUGAAAAAUUAGGAAUGGAUUAUGAUGGACGACCUCACAGUGGUCUUGACGACUCCAAAAAUAUUGCUCGAAUAGCAGUUCGAAUGCUCCAGGAUGGAUGUGAACUUCGAAUCAAUGAGAGAAUGCAUGGAGGACAGCUAAUUAGUGUGUCCUCUUCCUUACCACUAGAGGGCACUCCAGCUCCACAAAUGCCACAUUUGAGAAAGUAACACUUUUUUUUUUUUCCUGGAGCAUCCUUGCUGGAUCUGCUACAAACAAGUAGCAGAUAAUCCUGCAGUGUAACCUUCAAGCACCUUAAACAUUUAAAAUCUUAUUGCAGUUUAUAGAGGGAUAUGUGUGUGUGUGAACAGAUUUUUGUGGGAGGAGGUAUUGAUAUCACCAGCACUUUUGAUAUGAGCAGUAUUUGUUACACAGUAACAGGUCUUGCUGAGAACCAAAUUUUAUAUUUUAAGGUAUUAUUAUAUGUGCUCCUUUAAUUUGAAAGUAUAAAAUGUUAAUUGGCUUGUUCUUUGAAUGUCAUACAUAACUGAUGUUCAAAUAUAAAAUUAAUUUUACAUUAACAUCAGUACCUUGCGUUUUUGAAAAGUAGAAAGGAUGGAAAGGUAGUCCUUUUCUUGUCAUUGGUUUUUAUGAAUGUCAUAGUCUUUUUGAUUUUUGAAGUUUGUUAAGUGAAGUUCGGUCUCUUGGGAAAAUAGUUCCAGGAUGCCAUGUGGAUACCAGAAUCAACUCCUGUACUUAAGAUGACAUGAUACUUGCACAUUAAUUUACACAUAUCCUCCUAUAUACUUUCAGUGAUCUCUAGAACACUUAUACCUAAUAAAAUGUAAAUACCCAAGGUGGUGGUUUCCCUGAAUUGUUUAGGGAAUGAUGGCAAGAACCUAAGUCCACGUGUUGGUGCAGGCACACCAUGGUAGUCUACCCACGUGGUACAAAAUGAGUUUGUGGAGUGAUGCUCAGGCACCCCAAGCUGGAAAGACUGUGUGUCUGUUGUGGGGGAGGUCACGGCCCAGACAGCACUGCUUGGUGGGUGCAGUAGAGCACUUACGCAGCAGAAUCAGGUUUAGUUUUUUGGAAGUUUCCUCUGCAUGUUUGCAGUCUAGGUGGUGGGUUCUAUGAAUGUUGAACCCAAAGGUAUGGGGCACAGACUCUAUUGAUGAUUUUUAUAAAGUACUUGGUAUACAUACUUGUCUAUUUCGUUUCAACUCAGUAGGAAAACCUGUGAUAUUUUAUAGGAUUGGGUUAAAAAAUCUAGUUACAAAUGAGAAAAGUCAGGAAAAGAGACAGCAUGGUGACACAAACAUGUACCCAGUACUCAGGAAUCUGAAGCAGAAGACUGAAUUUAAGACCACUCUGGCCAUAUAGAAAAAAGAAGUCAGUAGAAAAAAAUACUAGCUUAAAUGAAUUUCAUAAGGUCUGUAGCUCACAUCUUAUGAUAUAUAACUAAAUCAGUAGGUGGUUUAUUGGUCCCGUUUCUAUUGUACAUAUUUUUUUUUAUUAUCAAAAACCACAGUGAGCACUGGUAGAGUGCUUGUCUAUGAAUGACCAGUAAAUAUUGAAUACUUUUUGUUGUUUUGCUUUUCGAGGAGGCAGAGUCUCGC